GUUUCCGGUAUAGGGAGAUUUUCAACUUUCACCCCAGCUUUAGAUCUUCCUCUUCCGUCGGCAGUGAUAGCAGGUCAAGAUGCAGCGCCUGACUUACCGUCGUAGGCUUUCCUACAACACUGCUUCAAACAAGACCAGACUGUCCCGUACACCUGGCAACCGCAUUGUAUACCUGUAUACCAAGAAAACUGGGAAGGCACCCAAAUCAGCAUGCGGAAUCUGCCCUGGUAGACUGCGUGGUAUUCGUGCUGUGAGGCCCCAGGUCCUUAUGAGGCUAUCGAAAACAAAGAAGCAUGUCAGCAGAGCCUAUGGUGGUUCCAUGUGUGCCAAGUGUGUACGAGACAGGAUCAAGCGAGCUUUCCUCAUUGAGGAGCAGAAGAUCGUUGUCAAAGUACUAAAGGCACAGGCACAAAGCCAGAAGACUAAGUAAAUGUUGAUUUGUAUUUGUAUUAAAAUAAAAGAUGUGGACAA